CUGACGUGUUGUUUCACUCCACGUUGAGUAAGUCGUCUGUCAACGGUGAAUAUUAUGCUGGUUUUGGUUUAAUUUUCGUAGGGAUUCAUGUACUUUUGUGUAAAUAAAUGACAUGUCUGCAUAUGACUAUAAGAAUGCACAAGUGGUAAUUUAAAAUAUUUUGUUUGUAUCUGCUCUUCAGUUUUGAUUGAAAUAAAACUAUGAUUCGUCCUCCAAGUUCUCAUGUUCCACCACCAGGAAAUCAGUCCAUGUUUCAGCCUCAGAGUGCAAACAAGCUGUCUCAGCAGAUGCAGGGCUUAAAUUUAGGACCAUCGUCACCACAGCAUCCUGGUAUGUCUAGUUAUGCAUCACAUCCAGAUAAUCAGCAAAUGGUGCCAGGCCCUCCAACUCUGAAUAAUCAGCAGUUUCCUUCACCUCUUCGUAAUAAGUCUCAAAUUUCAACUAAUGUGACUUAUAGUACUCAGCCGAAAGCUACAUAUCCAUAUUUAAAUAAUAAUCCUCCUGGAAAUGUAGGAAUUCAGCAAAAUAUGAAUAAUAACCAAUACAGUCCAAGUAAUACUUUUCCUGGUCAAGUAACUAUGUCAUCAUCGCCCAUGAGCCCCCAAGCUCAAAACGGAAAUAAAAGUCUUACCAAUCCAGUUCAAGCUUAUUCUCCUAAUCCUACAAGUAUUAACAGUCCAAAUUAUAGUAAUGGCAUAAGCAAUGGUCAUGAGGAUAGCAAGCAGCCUUGGAAUGCAGGAUUGCAAUCAUAUCAGUCUCCACAUCCAAUGCCAAAUCAAAGCAUGCCUCAGUCGUCAUCCCCUCAUCAAGGGCAAGUGCAAUAUCUUUAUGGUACUCAGAAUCGAAACUUACAGCCACAGCAGAAUGUAUCCACGAGUCCACUUACGAAUACUGGACCUCCUGUUCAACAUUAUAUGUCUCCUAACUCUGAAAUAACUCAAAGCCCUGGGCACAAUGUUAUGAAUAAUCAAUCAUUACCUCCAAUACAACCCGGCUAUCAAUAUCCUUCUCAACCAUCUAAUAUGUCAUUUCCUCCUAACAUGUCGUCACCCCCUACAUCUCCUGUUUCAUUUCCUCCUGGUCCACAGCAGUAUCAUGGAAUGCCUCCCAAUCAGCCAAGUCCACAAUUUCCAGGCAUGACUCCACAGAGUCCUAGUAAUUAUCCUUAUGGUGCUUCCAGUCAAGGCCAGCAACAACCACCAAAGAUUGACCUGGAUCAGAUGCCAAAUACUGUUCAAGUUCGCCAGGAAGAUAAGAAUUUGAGAAGUGGUUAUUAUUCAACAGAUGUCAAAGGACAGUGCCCUCCCUUAGUUACUACAAAUUUUAUUGUUCAGGAUCGAGGAAUGUGUAGUCCACGAUUCAUUAGAUCCACUGUUUAUUGUCUUCCUAAUAAUCCUGAUGUUUUAAAACAAACUGCUAUUCCGUUUGCAAUUACAGUUAGUCCACUGGCUGCUAUUCAUGAUGGAGAGAGGGAACCUCCAGCAUGUUUAUAUCGAGAGCAGGGUCCUUUAAGGUGCAAGAGGUGUAAAGCUUAUGUUUGUUCUUUUAUGACAUUUAUGGAAGGGGGAAGAUGCUUCCAGUGUGCAUUUUGCAAAGUUGUUACUGAAGUACCUCAAGAUUACUUCUGCUUUUUGGAUGGACUAGGAGAAAGAACUGACAAAUAUCAUCGUCCUGAACUUUGUUUAGGUUCUUAUGAAUUUCCAGCUACAAAAGAAUAUUGCAGGAAAGACGAGUUGCCAAAUCCACCUGCAUAUAUUUUUAUGAUUGAAGUUUCAAAUGCUACAUUUCGAAAUGGAUUGGUGCCUUUAUUUUGUGAGAAUUUAAAAAACAUUUUGCAGUGCUUACAAAAUGAUAAAAAGAAUGAUACAUCGAAACUGAGAGUUGGAUUUGUAACAUACAAUAAUGUAUUACAUUUUUACAAUCUAAAA